AUGCCUAGCCCAAAGACACCCUUGGACACUCUUCCUUGCUCGCUACCCACGAGGGAGAUUCCCCCGGGUAUCGAUCCAGCCUCAAUAUGUCAACAGGCAUUCGAUAACAAGAAUAUCGCCAAGUUAUGCGAGACUGACUUUAUCAAACAUGCCAUUUGGAGGGACAUGUUUUCCCUGAGCAGCACUCUUCGCACAUUCUACUCUGCCUCGGCCAUAGUGUCUAUCUGGCGCUCGUUAUCCCGAGAGCGAGGAGCAACAGCGUUCGAGGUCAAACCCGGAACUGCAUCUGUGAAAAGACAAGGCUUAGCGUCAGGCCCGCAGGUGUCGUGGAUAGAAGUGUCGUUCACGUUUAGCAUGGCACAGCCCCUAGAAGCCUCGUGCUUGGGAUAUCUAUGUCUGGUAUUUGAUGAUAGCGACGAGAAAUGGAAGAUAUGGAUCAUGGGCACCAUACUAGACCAGCUACCUGAUUUUGCAGAUGUUGAUCGUCUGGAUCCAGUCGAGUCGUCGGCACGUUUGGACAAUGUUCAUGGAAAUCGAAGCUUGUCAGACAACUCACAUCAGCAACACGACUAUGGCUGUGUCAUCAUCGGCGGUGGUCAAGCAGGCCUUUGCACAGCUGGGCGUCUGCAAGCUUUGGGCGUCUCAUACAUUUGUGUUGAUAGUAACGACCGAAUAGGCGACAGUUGGAGAAAGCGAUAUGAUUCAUCGAAGCUGCACACAAUACGGGAAUCAUCUCAUCUUCCUUUCGAAAGGACCUUUACCCCCGAUUACCCGCAGUGGUUGUCUAAAGACGAUAUUGCAGAUGCAUUCCAAGCAUGGAGUAAGAAAUAUGGACUUACGCCCCAUAUCUGGCUUUCAACAACACUCGAGUCGGGAUCAUGGAAUGAAGUGACGAGCAAGUGGACAUUGCAUCUACAAAGGAAAUAUCACUCGGAUUCAGGGGUACAGCGGUCUGAAUUCAUCACAGUCAUGAGCUCGCACGUCGUCCUGGCUAUCGGCGUCAACUGCCAUGUACCUUUGCGCCCCGACUAUGCAAACAAGUCAGAGUUCCAAGGACAUGAUAUUGCCGAAGACAUGCUCGACGCCGGGCUAGCUUCAGUUACAGUUGUACAACGCAGCAAGACAUUUGUGAUGCCGCAAGAAAACUACAUGCAUUGGGCAGAAACACAAUACAAUACCGACACAGACAUGAAGAUAUGCGACAUAAAAUGCUUCGGAUACCCGUACGCCGUCAACCGGAAUCUAGGGCUAUUAGCUAGCCAGCUUCGACAAAAAUAUCAACCCGACUUAUACUCUGACCUGAAAAAAGCUGGCUUCUUGCUUGAGGAGCAUGAUGAUAUCACGCGCCAUCUUUGCGAGCGGCUUGGAGGACAUUACAUGGAUGUCGGAGCGUCGAAGAAGAUUGCUGAUGGAUUGAUCAAAAUGAAAACCGGCUGUCUACCAACAUCCUAUACCAAAACCGGUCUCAAAUUCGACGACAACACCCAUCUCGACGCAGAUGUAAUCAUCUUCGCAACCGGCUUUCUGGCAAAUAUGGGGGAUAUCGUACGUAAAUUAUUUGGCGACCAAGUGGCCAAUAGAGCAGGUGAUUGUUGGGGUGUCGAUAGUGAGGGCGAGAUCAAAGGCGCAUUUAAGCCGACGGGACAACCCGGUUUGUGGUAUAUGGCUGGUGGAAUCAAUCAUGCAAGAUUCUUCUCUCGAUUUGUCGCGCUGCAUAUCAAGGCUGCACUUGAAGGGAGGCCUAUGCCUGUCUUUGAUGCUAAACAGUCGAGUAUUUCACCGAGACUGUGA